UAUACAUAUUAACGAUGACAACAUCUAUAUUACCAGAAAAAUAUAUUCGUUAUGAACCACCAAAACAAGGUCUUGAACGAAAACGAUCUUGUACAGGUGAUCCAAAACAACUUCUUCACCCAACAGAUAGUCAAGGAAAUCUUUGUGGUUCAGGCAAUUUCUUAGAUCGACCAUAUUCAUAUUUUUUUGAUUGGACACAAUGUAUUAAAAUAUUGAAUUUAGGUGCAAAUAUAUUAAAAGGUCGUCCAUUUGUUUGUCCAACAACACAAGUUUGUGUUCAACAAUGUCCAAAUAUAACAACUUAUUAUAAAUUUGGAAAUUAUUAUAACAAUCGUAUAUGUACGUAUGAUGUUAAUGCAACAGAUCAUGACAAUCAACAAUUAGUUGAAACUGGCAAAUGUGCAUCAUAUAUCAUAGCUAGUAAACCACUUUUUGGUCGAUGUGUUCCAUCGGAAAUUGAAAGUCUAACAAAUACUAUCAUUCAAGCACCAGAUGCGAAUGGUAUCAAUCAAACAGUAUUUGAUUCAAAAGGACAACCAUUGAAUAGUACAAAACUUGAACAAGGUGUGAAUUAUUUAAUUGAUUUAUUGAAUUUGAAACAAGUUGGAGCAUUUCUUGUUGAAGAUUUAACAAUAGCAUGGAAAUAUAUUUUAGCUGCUUUAGCUUUUGCUGCAAUUAUAUCGUUUGUAUGGAUUGUGUUAAUGCGUUGGCUUGCUAAACCCAUUGUUUGGCUUGGUAUACUUCUAUUUAUUUUUAUAUUAGGAGUUCUUACUGGUUUAGCAUUUUAUGAAUUUAAUCAACUUCGUAUAAAAAAUGAUAAUCAAAUAUAUACAGGAUUUAAAUUUGUUCUUGAUGCAAAUUAUUAUCGAAAUUUACCAAUAACAUGGUUAGUUAUUGGAUGUAUAUUAGCUAUUCUUUUAAUUAUAUCAAUUCUCGUAUUUUUGGCAUUAAUGAAACGUUUAAGAAUUGCUUUAGCUAUACUUAAAGAAGCAUCAAAAGCUGUUGGUUAUAAUAUUUUUAGUCUAUUUUGGCCAUUAAUUCCAUUUUUAUUACAAAUUGGAAUAUUUGCUUAUUGGUCUGUUGUCGCUAUUUGUUUAGCUACAGCAGGAAAACCUAUUUAUCGCAUAGCAUAUAAUGAAACAAUAGCAAAUACAACGAAUGUACAAUUAGGUGAUAUAUGUGAUCCAAAUAAAUGGAAUAAUAGUAAUACAUCAAAUAGUGCAUGUGUUUUUUGGGAAUAUGGAUAUGAUCCACAAGUGGAUUUAGAUAGUAUACUCAACGGUACUGGUUAUCAUUUUAAAUCAUUUAUAAUUUUUGUUAAUCAACAUCAAUGGAUUCCACAAAUUUUCUCUGCUUUUAUGUUAUUUUGGUUAACAGCUUUCGUUAUUGGAUUUAGUCAAUUAGUUCUUGCCGGUAUAUAUGCACGUUAUUAUUGGGAACGUGAACGAUUUGGUGUUCCAUGUUCAUCAUUAGGUGCCUCUCUUUUUCGUGCACUUGUAUUUCAUCUUGGUACAAUAGCAUUUGGUUCAUUAAUCAUCGCAAUUGUUAAAGUUAUUCGUGGUAUAUUAGAAUAUUUCGAAGAAAAAGUGAAAGAUAAAACAGGCAAUAUUGCUCGAUGUUUAUUCUGUUGUUGUCAAUGUUGUUUAUUUUGUUUGGAAAAAUUUUUAAAAUUUCUUAAUCGUAAUGCUUAUAUUAUUACUGCUAUAUAUGGUACAAGAUUUUUUACAUCUGCAAGACGUGCUUUUCAUUUAAUUGUUUCAAAUCCACUUCGUUUACUUGUUAUUGAUAAAGUAUGUGAUUUUUUAAUAUUUCUUGGUAAAUUAUCUAUAACAGCUGGUAUGGGUAUUCUUGCUUUUUUCUUUUUUACACAUCGAAUUGCGCAAGCAGAAAAAUUUGUACCAGAAUUACAUUAUUAUAUUGUACCACUACUAUUAAUUGUUAUUGGUACAUAUAUUAUUACAACAUGUUUCUUUUCGGUUUAUGCAAUGGCUGUUGAUACACUAUUCAUUUGUGCAAUACAAGAUAUACAAUUACACGACAGUAAUGCCGAUCAUCAAUUAAUGAUGCCAAAAGGAUUGAAAAAAGUAUUUCAAGUUAAAGACAAAUAA